UGGUCGACGAUAAAACUUUGAAGAGCCGAUUCUCUCGUCGUUGUCAAGGUGGGGCAAGCAAAAAGUUAUAUUUAUAUUUACCAGUUCUUCAGCUUUACACCAACAAACUUGACAUUAUUCUCUGUGUGUGAACGUUUCAAACCUGAUUUAGCGGACAUCUUCGUAAGGGAACAAGGUUGACGAAAUUUAUUAGGAAUGAAGUGUGUCGCUUUGCUAUUCUUAAUUUGUGGGUCGCUAGCCACGCCGGUAGAGGAUGAGGCGUUACAAGAAUUUGUGUAUGGUAAUCACAAGUUUACAGCUGCUGUCUACAAGGAGAUUUUGCAAACGGGAAAGGACAAUUUCGUCGUCAGUCCAUUGUCUGCCGAAAUCGUUCUCGCUCUUACAAAUGAAGGGGCACGAGGUCUCACGGCUUCGGAACUAGUAAGCGGCUUGUCUCUUCCCACUACGAGGCAGAAGACUCAAAGGGCCCUACAAUCCUUCUUGCCAAGUUUGAAAAAAUACGACACGAAACUGAAGUUAUUAAGUGCCAAUAAAAUAUACGUUGGGAAAGGACUUAAAAUCGCCGAGGAUUUCGGGUACAUCGCAAACACCAUUUAUGAUUCGGGAGUAGAAAAUGUCGAUUUUGAAAGAAGUACGCACGCAGCGGGUGUGAUCAACAAGUGGGUGGAAGAUAACACCAACGAUAAAAUCAGAAAUUUGAUCAAGCCCGGUGACAUCAACGAAGCUACUAGGAUGGUUUUAGUUAACGCCCUGUAUUUUAGCGGCGUGUGGUUGUAUCCGUUCGAUUCCUACGCGACAUCCAAAAGAAAUUUCUUUAGAACCAAGGACAACGCCGUUGAAGUAGACACCAUGCUACAGGUUGAAACCUUCAACUACCACGAGAGCAAAACUCUUAACGCCAAAUUUUUGGAGCUUCCCUACCAAGGCUCUGACAUCGCCAUGGUUAUAGUUUUACCCAUCGAAAAAGACGGAUUAAGUCAACUGGAACAAAACCUCGAACAACUGUUAGUUCCUCAGUCCUACACACCUCAAAGAGUUAAAGUUGAAUUGCCCAGAUUUACCAUCGAAUCGGAAACCAAGUUCGUUCCUAUCUUACAAAAGUUGGGGAUAAGCAAAUUGUUCUCGGAUGAAGCGGAUCUGUCAGGACUAUCGUCGACGGAUAAAGGACUGUACGUCAGCAACGUACUUCAAAAGGCUUUUAUUAACGUUACCGAAUCGGGAACCGAAGCUGCCGCCGCUACAUCAGUUGGUGUGGCUCUCCUGAGUGCUCCAAUUGCACCCAGACCGAUCGUCGAAUUCAAGGCAGAUCAUCCCUUCAUAUACUACCUCAAAGACAAACAGACUGGAGUAGUUUUAUUCUUUGGAAGAUACAAGGGACAAUAAUUUCAGCUGAGCCAUCGAAGUGAAAUUUUUUAUUAUAAUCCAUGUUAGACUUUCAGCCGACUAAAUAUUUACCAAAUUAAACAUUUUUUUAUUUCACUUUUAUUUAUUGGACGUUUAAGUUUUAAAUUUAGAUUUAGAACUUAUUUUAUA